UCGCCGGUUUGCAGCAGGAAACGCUCACACAUUCUCAAUCCUAAAGAAAAACACUAUUCCUGUCGUAACUUCGCAGGCCGCUCAUAGCUGCGCGAAGAGCACGAGAGGCGAGCAUCCCUCUUGCCUCACAUGGACCGGGCCAACGUCUACCGCACGGUGAAGGUUGCAAGCGCGGCUCGGGCUGCCGGGUCCCGACGGCCCCUACGCCGCCCCGACUCGGUGCCGUUGCCCCAGCGCACCAACUGCCGCCGAGGUUUACGGCAGUACCGCCUCUGCAGUAGGCGGAACCGCUGAACCCGGGCCGGAGCCAUGGACCUGGAGGCCGGAGAGGGCGGCGGACCCUGCUGCGCCCCGGGCGGCAACUGCGCUUCGCUCCUGGGUUCGACCGGGAUGGCAGGCCGCUUCUUCGGCGAUGCUCCCGACGAUGAGCCACCCGGAAGGAGGCUUCCCGGCUCGGCAGCAGGAACAGCUGGUCAUCCUGCCAGCGGAACCGAAGCGAAGCCCGAGGGGCAGCUCACUCUGGAGGAGAAGAAAUUCCUCCUGGCCGUCGAGAGGGGAGACCUGGCCACAGCUCGAAGGUACCUGCAGAGUGCCGAGGCCGGCCUGAGCACCAUGAACUGCAACUGUGCCGACCCGCUGGGACGAUCGGCGCUGCUGAUGGCCAUCGACAACGAGAACCUGGAGAUGAUCGAACUUCUGCUGCUACACAACGUGGACACCCGCGACGCCCUGUUGCACGCCAUCAGCGAGGAGUACGUCGAGGCCGUCGAACUGCUUCUCGAACGAGAGGAAGCGACCCGGAAGCCUGGACAGCCGAACAGCUGGGAGGCCAUCGACCACGAGACGGCCGCCUUCACGCCGGACAUGACGCCGCUGAUCCUGGCGGCCCACCGGGACAACUACGAGAUCCUCAAGAUCCUGCUGGACCGCGGCUACAGCUUCCCCGCACCGCACGGCGUGCGCUGCAGCUGCGCCGACUGCGUGCGCGCCCGCUCCGAGGACUCGCUGCGCCACUCGCGCUCGCGCAUCGACUCGUACCGCGCCCUCGCCUCGCCCUCGCUCAUCGCCCUCUCCAGCAAGGACCCCAUCCUGACCGCCUUCGAGCUGAGCGGCGAGCUGCGCCGGCUGGCCUGCCUGGAACACGAGUUCAAGAGCGAGUACCUGGAACUUCGCCGCAAGUGCCAGGACUUUGCCACUGCGCUGCUGGACCACACGCGCACCUCGUACGAGCUCGAGGUGCUGCUCAACUACGACCCGACGGGCCCCGCCUUCGAGCACGGCGACCGCAUGCACCUCACCCGCCUUAAGAUGGCCAUCCGGUUCAAGCAAAAAAAGUUCUGCGCGCACCCGAACGUGCAGCAGCUGCUGGCGUCCAUCUGGUACGAGGGCCUGCCCGGGUUCCGGCGCAAGAACAUCAUCCUGCAGUCGCUGCAGAUCCUCAAGAUCGGCCUGCUCUUCCCCGUCUACUCGGUCGCCUACAUCGUGGCGCCACACUCCAACUUUGGCCGCACACUCCGAAAGCCCUUCAUCAAGUUCAUCUGCCAUUCGGCUUCAUACGUCACCUUCCUGUUUCUGCUGAUGCUGGCAUCGCAGCGCAUUGAGACCGUCGUGGUUGAGUGGUUCGGAACAGACGAGAUGAAACAGAAAGUGCGUAGUGACAUCACGACCAAAAGAGGAGCGAGUCCUAGCAUAGUGGAGUGGAUUAUUCUGGCCUGGGUAAUCGGUUUGAUAUGGAGUGAAAUGAAGCAGUUAUGGGAUCUAGGUCUCAUAGAAUACGUCGGUGACAUGUGGAACAUAAUAGAUUUUAUAACAAAUUCAUUGUACGUCGCCACAGUGGCACUAAGAGUCAUAGCCUAUUUACAGGUUCAAAAAGAGAUUGCUAUGAACACUGGGACCGCGUACCUUCCCCGAGAAAAAUGGGAUGCCUGGGACCCCAUCCUGAUCGCCGAAGGCCUUUUCGCCACAGCCAAUAUCUUCAGCUCCUUGAAACUGGUGUACAUCUUCUCGGUGAACCCUCACCUGGGACCCCUGCAGAUCUCCCUGGGCCGCAUGGUCAUCGACAUCGUCAAGUUCUUUUUCGUGUACACCCUGGUGCUGUUCGCGUUCGCGUGCGGCAUGAACCAGCUCCUCUGGUACUACGCGGACAGCGAGCGCCAGCUGUGCCACAGACUCAACCGCGACGGCGCGCCGGGUGCGCCCGCCGUCAAGAGCGACCACAGCGUCUGCUUCACCUGGAGGCGAUUCGCAAACCUCUUCGAGUCAUCGCAGACUCUGUUCUGGGCGAGCUUCGGUCUGAUCGACCUGGACAACUUCGAACUGUCGGGGAUCCAGAGCUACACUCGCUUCUGGGGACUGUUGAUGUUUGGCUCCUACUGCGUCAUCAACGUGGUCGUGCUCCUCAAUCUCCUCAUCGCCAUGAUGAACCACUCCUACCAGAUGAUAUCGGAGCACGCCGACGUGGAGUGGAAAUUCGCCCGGUGCAAGCUCUGGAUGAGCAAUUUCGAGGACGGCGGAACGGUCCCUCCGCCCUUCAACGUGAUCCCUACUCCGAAGACCGUCAGUUACUUCCUCCGAUGGUGCUACCGCAAGCUUUGCGGCAACUCCCGGUCGGCAAAGAAGGAACACCUCAAGACUAUCAGGAGAAAAGCCAGGCAAGCCAGCGAGCGAGACAUGAAGUACCAGACCAUCAUGCGUCAUCUGGUACGGCGCUACAUCACGAGCGAGCAGCGCAAGGCGGACAACCAGGGGGUGACGGAAGAUGACGUCAACGAAAUCAAGCAAGAGAUCUCGUCUUUUCGGUACGAGCUACUCGAGGUGCUCAAGGUUGGCGGCUUCAACACCUCUGGGGCCAGCGGACAGAGCCAAGGCAUUGGUGGCAAGAAAGGCCGCCAGCGAGAGCGCCGCCUCAUGAAGGGCUUCAACAUCGGCCUCAUCGAGGGCUCCGUGCCGAGCCCGCCCGAGAUCAACAUCGAGGAAGUGACGUCACGGAAGUCACCCGUCUCUCGGUUGGCCCGCCUGGCGCGCCUCGCCAGCAAGAACAAGGUGAAGCGCGGCCGCUGGGGCCACCUGGUGGAGGCCACGCGCAGCGCCCGCGCGGCCUUCUCGCGCAGCCGCAGCGAGGAGACUAUGAGCUCGAGUUCGUCCGGCUCGUCGGUGGGCCCCAAGGGGCCCGACUCGGUCUGCAACUCGGAGACGUCGCUGUCCAUGCGGGGUCGCAUCUCGCGCAAGUUCGGCACGCUCACCUUCAGCCGGUCGCGGCUCACCUUCUUCUCCGAGCAUGACUCGCUGCGGCACUCGUCCUCGGAGAAGCGCCGCGCGCACCGCACCGUCAGUGCACCGCCCUCGUCGGUGCUCCCAAGGGCUGCGAUGCAGGCCGAGCGCCAGGGUGCAGCCGAUGCCGCCGCGGGCGGCGGUUCGUGCAACGUGCUGGCGGCGGACUGCAAGCUGUCGCCCAUCCCGAGCUGCGCCAGUUCGAAAGUGCCCACACCGAGGAACUCUAUAAACGGCACCCUCGAACCGGACGCGUACGUGGGCGGCGCCGGAGGUUCUCGCGACUACGUGACCGCUGCCGCGUUGGCCAUGGCGGCGACAGCCGACGACCUGCCGCCGUCCCCGCCGCCCCCGACCGAACCCUGCGACCUGCCCACGGUGGUGGUGCAGCCUUCGUCGGAGCACGAGGACGCGCUCAAGGACUCGGACGAGUCGCCUGCCAACGGGUCCAUACCGCUUCUCACCAGAGUGUACGGGAUCGAACCCGUCGGCAAGCCGGCCAACAUGGGUUGGAUAUGACCGAGCGUCUCGGGGUCGUCGGCUGCGCACAGGCGUCGACGGCCCUCCUUUAUGCGCACAAUGAGCCUGGAGUGACGAUGGUCAGACGGGAAAAGAUAUGCAGGAGACAGCAGUGGUUUCGUCAGGCGUGCGACGCCAGGGGCGUUCAUGCUCACAAUAACGGCUUUGUUUCGUUCUCGCGACAGUUCGACGCGCUAUCUGCCAAGAACGAUAUGAGAUCUUCCUGAAAAUAAGUCACUGUAUGAAUUUCACGGGCCGGGCAAGCUUUUUCAAAUAGGGAAAUCUAUUUUGUCUUGCUUUUUAUCAAAUCCGUCUAUUUGAAAGUACUCCCCUUUAAAGUAAUUAACGUAACUACAUACACAAUUACAUACAUAAUUACAUUAACGUAAUUACAUGCACUUACAGUAGAGGUUAAGAAUUUUUAUAUUGACCGAAUGGAUGCCAAAGGAAUUGAAGCGCAGUGGAGGACAGUAGAGGAUUAAGAGCAUGGUGCGGCGAUAUAAGUAAAUUUGCAGGCUUUGGUUAGAAGAGGUUUAAACAAGCCUUCGUCCUGACAUAUAGUUUGUGCACUAUGGCUGGUCUACUUCAUGAAUGACUGGCAAGUAUUCGUCAAACUUGUCGUAAUUUCUGGGAAUGAUAGCAAAAAUUUGGCGGCUCAAUGCUAUCCUUCAACGUAUUCGCAUUAGCACAGCUGAAACUGGUGGCUUCGAGUCACAACGGCUGCUACUACAAAUUCCACAUGCAUCAUCAGGAAACAAAGCUGCAAGAAACGGCUGUGCGGUACUCAGGCUUAUGUAUGAAAAUGUGCAUCCAGAGUUUUUAUGAUCAUACAUUUCUCACAGUUAACUUUGUAUCUAUAGAAAAAAAAAAGGGAGGUGAUAGAGGAGGUUGCUGUCGUCCUUUUCAUUUCCUUUUUAUCUCCUGGCAUUUCUGAAAUCCCGCGAUCAUCUAGUGAAGAGCACUGGAAGCUGGAGCUAUUCGAGCACUAAUCGAGGAAUUUAAUUUGUGCCUACACGCCCGUUAACCUGACUGCUGCUUGGGCAAAAAAAAUUUAAAAACAAGAAAAUAAACAUGGUAGUGCGACGCGACAGCCAGAAGCCGCCAUCUCUCCUGCCUACAGAACCGCCUGAUGGCAACUGUCACCGGUCAACAAAGUCAACACUCCUGCGUGGUCAUUCUCUGCACGUCAACGUGUGCUCUACUUCCAGCCUGCUGACACCUCGACAGGCCACAGAGUAUAGCUGUGUAUAUAUGCGCUGGUGGGGACAAACCGACGAAGCGAAAAAGACUAUGCGCCAAACCACACUGAUGAGCUUUGAGCCAAGCCAGCCAAGAAGCAAGAAAAAAAAGAAUGACUUUCGGCCUCUCGACACUUUCCCUUUUUGACAUGUGCUGUGUUCGCGAUUGGACUUGACCACUUGCAUCCCCAGCGAGUUCCGCCGCUCUGUUGGCUGUGUUUUCCUGUUUGUCUGUGGACGGGGCUACCGUUGGAGUUUCUCUUUCCUUGUUCGUUGCGCGACCGAUGAAGUUUUGAAGCUGAAAGCAACGUGUGCUUCAGUUUGUGUUUAUGCAUCCUGUAUGUUUGUUGCUCUUUGGGAAAUGUUCUCUGGCGUAGGUAGUAGUCGUAAGCAUAAAACUAUAAGGCGAUUUGUACAGCUUUCUCUGUUCUAGCUUUGUCUGCUCCUUUUUUAUACGUAUAUUUGCGUCACAAUUGGUCACAAUAAGGGAGUGUUUAUCACUUUUAAACUGCGUAUAUGUCAGUGCCUAAAAGCACUUGCUAGAGUCCCAUCACAGAUUGCGGCAUACUAUCAGAUGGUGAUACCCUCUUUACGUGCAUCGUUCCAAAAAUAUCGAUAACUACGUACACUCUUAAACAAAAUUACGCCCUUUAGGUAGUAUUUUGCCACUCAACAAUAAUGGUCAUCUGUCUUGUCCACAUUUCCUUUCUUUAACGCUGCGAGCCCAGUACUUCCAAGUCACAAACGGCAUGCGCAUUAUCAGCAUGACAAAGCAUUCUCGACAGGAAGGUAGCGAUCUAGCGCAGCGUUUUCAAGAAAGGAAACGCAAGCAAGACAGAUGACGAUUAUCGUUGUACGGCAAGAUACAACCCAAAGGGUGUACAUUUGUUUAAAAGGGUACUUCUCUACCAAUGUGGCUGACAGAAGUAUAGAUGAUACAACUACCGUUUUGCUGUUCCUCAUCUUUUUUCUUGACAUUUCAAGAAACCUACAGAGUGGCAUCCGGUAUGCAGAACAACGUUGAUACCAGAGCGUUAUGUGUCAUGCGAUAUGAACUGUAUUUGUGCACGAACGAACAAAACGUACGUAGCUCGACAUCUUUUUGGCAAUUGGAAAGCACUGUAUCUAAGGCUACAGCAUUCGACGAAUUACACCUGCAAAGGUUGUGUAUUUUAUUCAUGAUGUUCUAUUUCAACUGCUAAGAAAGUUCAUUGACGACAAAUUUAUUGAAACACAACAUAAUUCUUAUAACGACUUUUGUGAGGAUAGGCAGACACCAUAACGCGUGUGAUCACAGAAGUCUGGUUGCAGCACUCCCUCAGGAAAAAAAAAAAGGCUAAUCGGGAACGAAUUCUGUUGCGCUUCUCGAUUGUCUAACGCUAGCGUAGGCCGCAAUGACACAUACUAAUUUUUUUUAUGUACGCUUCUUACCUCAGGUUCAAUUCACUACUUCCUUCUUACUUGCUUGUCUGACGUGCGAAAGAGAAUUCGAACAGAUAUGGUCCAAGACCGUAUUAGGGAGCACAUUGAGAGAUCAUACUGAUAUUAACGCCCUGCCGCUUACAAUAAAAGGUGUUUACAACUGAAAAUAAAUAACGGAAAGUUAUUUUCCCUCGGAAAACAGCCACCACAGCGUUCUCAGCAAUCAUGUUAUUCAGCGUUUUCGUUCUAAAAUCUAUGCUGGGUACAUGCCUCCGACGCCAGCGUCUGGCCACGGUGCUAAUGUAGCCGCAUACGUUGCAAUCUUUGUCUGGAGCACUUUCACGAACCCCCGUCCCCGCGCAAGCCUGUCGCUCACGUUGAGGAUUCUCAUUUUUCAGACAACGUGGGGGCAAUAUUGUAUGGCGCGAGCAGGUAAAGAAGAAGGAUGAGCAACUAAGCUACUGCGCAUUUGUUAUGUAUGUAAAGUCUGAUUAUAUUUGUCGGACGUAACGGAAAGUAGGAGACGCAUACCUCUAUAAGUUAUUCUCUUAUCGGUUUUCACGUUCAUUCUAUGGCUUGCCCAAAUGCGGUUUUAUCUUCCUGUGUCCUGUUUAACGAGUAAUGCAUGGUGCACUUAUAUAUUUAUUUAUUUAUUUAUUUAUUUAUUUAUUUAUUUAUUUAUUUAUUUGUUUGUUUGUUUGUUUGUUUGUUUGUUUGUGUGUUUGUUUGUUUGUUUGUUUGUUUGUUUGUUUGUUUGUUUGUUUUCAUUCAUUCAUUGGAGGGGAAGUCAUGUUCUUAGAUAUUCUCUUAAAUUCACGUGCUACGAGAGCGAAUUACAGAUCCCACUGAAUACUAAAGCAUCGGAGUUUUGACACACUAUGCCAGGUGUUCUUCUUUAACAGUGAAUCGGCAUUUAUUGUUCUUGAUGAAAAUGCUUACUGCAACUUUUUGUCUCCCAAAGCCUUGCAUGCGGCGAUGUUUCCGAUUGUCCUCGAGUACAUGAUGAUACCCACAAGAUAUUUCUCGAGUUUACUGCCCCACAUGCUGGUCUUGAAGCAACAUAUUCGAGUAAACCUAUAUAUUUUCAUAUGGUGUUGGGCCGUCUACAAAAGAUUGUUUUGAAACAAUGUAAAUGAGUUCGUUUAUCCUUUUCCAAAAGGCUGUAUCAGCUACAAGGAUGUCCUGUAGCAUUUCUUUUACGUUAGCAACACUAGUUGUAUAUACAACAUGUCGAAUAUUUAUUAUGUGAUCCGAGUACCGUAUCGAAUACUCACUAUUCGAAUCGAGUACUCACUAUUCGAUUCGGAAAGCAAGACGAUGGGUCAAUAUCCAAUUCGUUAUAUUAAUGUUACAAUAUUCGUAAACGUCUAGAAAUUAAUAGGUGAAUAACUGUCACGCCCAAGUUUGUGCAAAAGUGUCAACUAGAGCUCCAUAAUAUUUCGCAGCACAUCUGCAAAAAUGUUGCUCUUAUUGUGGCUAUUGUGUUUUACGUGUCAUUGUUCGACGCCGAUAAUUGUCUUAUCGGCAAGAAAAAAGAACUUGUAGUCAGCAAUUUGUAUAACGCGAACAACAUAUUUUUUUUUCAACCUCGAUAAGGCUUCAAGACAUAUCCCGCAUUUAAAAAAGCCCGUCACAUGCGUAGUUAGUUGUAUUCACACCGACACUUAGGCGCAGAGUACUGGACUGAUCACAUUAUCCUUGCUGAGCGAUGAACCGCGACCAACGUGUUAUUUAGUUCACUGCCCUCGCGAAGUAAACGGAGUCGCGAUCAACAGAUGCGAACCGCUGCCCGAAAGCCAGCAUCCUUGCCCAGGUGCGACCGAUGAAUUAUAUAUCAGACAUGCCCGAGCUUCUGUACAAUUGCAGUCGUAGGACAAAUUCCCUUCUUCACAGACAUAUGAGGCACGAAUCGCACUGAAAGGACUCGGGCGCUUGAGUUCCUUCAGGAGAAGAAGCGUGGACUGUUGGACGUAGUCAAAGCAUAGCGCCGUUUCAUCCAGCUUUGUACAGAGCUUCACGACACCAUUUUUAUCCAGCUUCGUAGACCGCAGUUGAUAAACUCAGCGAGUUAGCAAUCGAUAGUAGUAGUAACUAUCAGGUGGCUUGAAAAAGCAGGGGACGCGUGAGUGGAAGCUCCAAUUUAGUGCGUCCGACGUGUCGCUUUAACGCUUGAACAAAUAAGCGAGCAAAUACUUGACCUCCCAAGCGGACGCCGAUGGCCGGUGAACGCAAGAGGUUAUACAGAAGUUAAGAGCGUAUUGCAAAUUAGGACGAUGAUAUUCUGCAGUGUAUAAGUAUGCUAGAAAGUCGAGCUUCGCCUAACACGAGCUUAGUUCGGGACUAUAUUUUUUUCUAUAGGUGCGAUGACUUACGAUUGUAAAAUAAGCACUCAUAUUAAAGACCGAACUAUUUGAAUAUAUAGCGACUGAAUCUUCAGCAUAGUGAACUUAGGUUACUGAACACUCAAGUAACACACUUGACUAAAUGUUUCCUGAAGAUCUCCACUCCUUUUUCACACUCCCUCGUAUAAAGCAAGAAAAACACAACGGCUGCAGAGACUUACCAAAGCGCAAGAGAGAUAACUUAGCUAUAAUCUUUCUUAAGAGUUAAUAUUUGAAACUUUUCCCAGCGCCGAUAAAAUGAAGCGCCACAGCUUUCUUUGCCCGUUUGCCACUUGUUUGUUGACGGUUGCUAACCCAUAACUAGGCUUCAGAUCCUAUGCACCUAAUUCCAUGCGAACUUUGCGCGCUUAAGCGCGUUUCACUGGCACAAAGUUACUAGUAGUCUAGCGUCAUUGCUGGUGCGAUGUACUUCCCAGUAACAUGCAGCCGCCACGCCCCCGUGCGGCGGUGUUGGGCGGAGGGUAUACAUGCAGUGCUUACUCGUAGUUGGGAAAUCUGCCCAUCGGUAGCUCGCCAGUUGAAACUGCGUAAGUAGCUCCAGACAUACGGCGCUCUUCUCUUAGAACAGGUAUUUUUAUCGAUCACGUACAUACUCGUUUCUGCAAGGUAAAGAUCACGCGGUUUAACGCGUCGCCUCCUUGCAACUUAAUGACCACGAGCGACGUGAUGCCUUUUCUUAGGUAGAGGCUUAAGUGACGACCAAGGUUCUCCGAAAGCACUCAGGCAGUUCGUCAUUAGCAUGGAUCAAGAACUUGUUCGGGAAGGCGGUGUGCCAGGGCAGGCCGGAGGACUGCCGUGUCUUAUUGUAGCUUCUUUGUACGCUUCGAGCAGCAGCGAUAUAACUUGCCACCGUUCAUGAAACUGUUUCUCGUCCAUUCCAUCAGUACCUUCCCUUUUCCAUUCACCUAAAUAUAUAGAGUGAGAAAAGAGGUACUACUUCUUUUGUUCUGUUCUACGCCAGACUUUCCUUCUAUGCAAGCAAAAGAAAAAAAAACGGAUUAUGAUAUCUCGCGGUAUUAGCGUAGCCGAUAAGCAACCGCAGAUUAUUUUCUCACGCCGCUGUUUCUAUAGGCCCAUUCGGCUUUCUUCUUUUAUUUUUCACGUUUUCUUGUCCUCAUCAUUUCCUUUUCUUUCUGUGGUUACUGGAUCAGCGGAGUACUUGUCCAGCCCCCACCCUCCAACGCACCCUCACGUGCUCGUACGUGUUCUGCAUCUGACAUAGUACAACGGUGUCACGUGGCCAUUGGGCAUCGUAGACGAGCUCCGUCUGUCGGGGACGUGCUGUCGCGUUUCAGGGCAAGUAGGUUCCUCGCACAGGCGAUCGCAAGCGGCCUAAGGAGCUCCCCUUCGGCUGUCUGAAACAGCGAACCAGUUCAUGCGAUGAGGUCUACGUAGCUCGUUCGAGUAGCUUUUUUGCACACCCUAUAGUGCUGUAAGCGCGUAGUUUGCAAAACGGUGACUAAAAAUUGCUUCGCAGCGGACGCUUCUCAAAUGUACUGGGGCGGAAAGUGACUGAAAAUCAGGCUGGAAGCUAAGACGCGAGAUCCUGCAGUUCUGAAAUACGUUUUUUUUUUGCUUGUUUGUUCGUUUGUUUGUUUUGUCUUUUCGGCCAGACCAGAGUUAUGAGAAAUACCAGUGGCGCGAAUGGUUAAAAGCGCGGAAGGAGUGCCGUCUAAAAUUUAAAUACGUAAAUACAAGGUCUCGACGUGCGCUCCAGGCCAUUUCUCUUCGUAUUGCAGCAUCAUUUUACUCACCGAUCCAUUAAUUUGCAUGUAUUACUGUUCUUUUGAAAAUGUAGGCAGCGUAUCUUCAAUGCAUGCGUUUACUGCAAGAAUAUCGGCCAGAUCUAUUCACUGCAACGAUAGAGACUGCAUCCGAAUGCCCGAUUCUAGGAUGACCAUGGGUUCUCGCGAACUGAAAUGGCCUACCGGAGGACUUGUGGGGCGUGCUUUAGAGAAGGCAAAGUUCAAGCUACGGGUACUUUCAAUUCACUCCUGUUUUGGUGAUGAUGAUCAAAGACGUAAAAACCUGCUGUAGUUGUCACUAUUCGGCCCACAACUGGGAGCGACCCUCACAAAAACACCCCUGUAGUUCUUAUUGUUUUCCUUCGAUCCCACGCUUGUUGGAGAAGCAUAAUAACCCGAAUUGUUUUUGUUUUUUCGUUAUUAUCAAAAGAGACUAUCGCUAUCACACUCCGUUAUAGUACUGCGUGCGCAUUUAUUAAGCAGUCAUCUAUAUGCACAGUUGCCGGCAGCUUUCAGAAAGUGUAAGAAGCGCAAGCUUUCGCUUUUUCUUUUUUUCCCCCUUUUUUGGUCUUGGAGCGCAAGAAAGUGAAAGUACCAGAUGAGCUAAACCCCGUUGCAGGCUUUGUGGCUAGUGUGAUCAAUUAACUUAGCGUGUUUUCUAUUUGUUGGCAGCUGCCAGAAAAAGUUUGCAGGCAUGGAGGCCCCAUUCCGCUUUGCUUCGACAGAAGCUGACAAAAAAAGAAAUCAAGAUAGCGGAAGUUUGAAUGAUUCGCACCAAAUUCUACCCACGCCCUUCUGCGGCUGACGGACGGGCCUUUGAGCGAGAUGGAUUGGCUCAAAAAGUUUCAGUUAUCACAUCAAAUACUGGUCUGCGGUUUUGGCUUAUAUUUCUUAUGUGCCGUUUUCUUAGCCGUAAGCUCGGGCUGCGAGGCACGAUUUGGUUGGGACGAAACAUUAUGUUGUUGUGACUUUUGUCGUUGCUUACCUGAUGGGAAAACUUGGACGCCGCGAUCACUGUGUCAAGGUGUGGAGUCCCAUAGCUUCUCUUAAAGUUUGUCUGUGUUGCUCCCACACCAUGUACAGAAUUUUUGACUGUUCAGAGAUGUCAAAUAAAAGAAUUCUGCUGAUAAUCAAA